CCAUGGCGGCAGCUCCGCCGCUCUCCAAGGCCGAGUAUUUGAAGCGUUACUUGUCCGGGGCAGAUGCCGGCGUCGACGGGACUCCUGAGGCCAGUCGCAAGCGGCGUAAAAAGCGUCCGAAGCCCGGGGGGGCCGGCGGCAAGGGGAUGCGAAUUGUUGAUGAUGAUGUGGGCUGGACAGCCAUCUCCACCACUAAGCCAGAAAAGGAGGAGGAAGAUGAUGGAGAUUUGCCUGUG